AUGAUGAGCACUGCACUGCACAGCGACCGCGAUCCCGACCCUGAAGGGCUGCUGUCGGAAGAUCACAUUGCGCGCUCGACCAAUUGGAGCGCGGACGAUGUCCGUGCCAACCCGCGGCGUCGACGUGCAUGCGACAAACGGGGCAACGGCUGCCGAUUGCGGCUGUCCGAGGCAGGACCUCGUAAAACAGGUGGUGCGUGUGAUCACCCCAAAAAGGCAAUGCUCGCAUGGAAUCAGCCUGUAACUGGACUUGGCAGGACCGGAAAGGGAUCCCGGUCCUGCGUCGUUUUAAACUGCGCUUUGCGGUGUGCUGUGGUCUGCCCGCCGCACCGAGAUAGGGUAACCCUUGAGGAAUUAAAUUGGAAAGCUGACAGCGUCACUUCCCGUUUCGGCCCUCCACAGACAGCUACGCACCGCGCACCGCGCUCCACGACGCUCGCCAAAAUGACCGGCUGUCGCAAAGGGGAAAAAAGAAAGAAAAAGAAGUUUUGA